CCUGAUGUGUGCACCUGGAAGGGAACAACAAAGGUGUUUUGAACAGGACAUUGAGAGAAGUGAAUUGAAAAUGAUUUGCAUUAUGCAAAAAAGAGAUGCAGGAUUGUUAUGAAAACAGCCGCAUUAUUCUCUCCCCAUGGUCACUGGAGCCUAGUGAAUCAUGGUUCAGCUAUGCCACCGUGCUGCCAGAGUGAAACAAGGAAUUUAGCAAACAGACCAGUUUAGAUUUUAGUGCCGGUGUCUGAGCUGCUUCUUGCCUCACGUUUCCUUCGCCUCCUUCGAGUUUAAGUUUGACCGAGGAGGCUGUUGAAUUUCUCUGUAGUCCAACGCAGAGCGUUCCACCACAGUGCAGCAUUACCAGAGCUGCAGUAAAGGUCUGAGUCUGCUGAGCAUGAUGGCCAAAGAAGACACUGAAUCCGGCUUCACCUGGGAGGUGAAGGCAAACAGCCGUCACUACCACGAACACAGACAGAAGAAAUCUUUCCUGUGCUUCACCUGGGGACGCUACUCGGACAAUGUGGUGCGCAGCUACAAGUACUCCCCCCUGACUUUCGUGCCCCUGACACUGUUCGAGCAGUUCCAGCGAGCUGCUAACGUCUACUUCCUCCUCAUGGUGGUGUUGCAGUGUGUUCCUGCCAUCUCCUCCAUACCCUGGUACAUCACCGUCAUCCCGCUCUUCAUUGUGCUCUCUGUGAGAGGACUCAAAGAUCUAGCCAGUGACAUGGCGAGGCGACGCUGCGACUUGGAGAUUAACUCCCGACCCUGUGACGUGCUCAUCUCCCAGAGUUUCAUCACAUCACAGUGGAAAGAUCUGUGUGUUGGAGAUGUGCUGCGAAUCCACAAAGACCAAGUCAUCCCUGCUGAUCUCCUUCUGCUUUCCAGUUCAGAGCCUCAUAGUUUGUGUUAUGUGGAGACGGCUGAUAUUGAUGGUGAGACCAACCUAAAGUACCGGCAGGCACUGAGUGCAACCUACAAUGAGCUGACCUCUCACCCUUCAGAGGAGGCCCUUGCAGCCUUUAAUGGUGUUGUGUGCUGUGAGGAACCCAACAACCGCCUGUACACUUUCAGAGGUCAGCUACAUUGGCAAGGAGAGUGCUUCCCCCUGGAAAACGAACACAUCCUCCUGAGGGGAACAGUCCUACGCAACACAGACUUUGCCUACGGCCUGGCUAUAUACACUGGCGCAGACACGAAGAUCCUGAAAAACUGUGGGAAACUGAGAGUGAAAAGGACACAAGUGGAGGACAUGUUCAACAAGGUGGUGAUCGGGAUUGUCGUGUCAGUCCUGCUGGCUGCUCUGCUCCUUGCCAUUGGUGGAGGUGUGUUUUCGCAUCAGGUGAUGAGCAAAACAGAGGUCCUGUCAGCUCUGGUGGUGAACAACAACCCAGCCUACAGUGGGUUCCUCGUCUACUGGAGCUACAUCAUCCUUCUCAGCCCGGCCAUGCCCAUUGCACUCUACAUCACGUUUGAAGUGAUUCAUACAAUUCACAGCAAGUUUAUUGGCUGGGAUCUGGAGAUGUAUUGGCAGCAGGCAGACAGACCUGCGGAGGCCAGGAAUACCUCUCUGAACGAGGAGCUCGGCCAAGUGGGUUACCUACUGAGUGACAAAACUGGCACAUUAACCCAGAAUCGCCUGCUCUUCAGACAGUGCUGCAUCGCUGGAGAAAUCUAUGGUGAUGCCUCAACCAGAGCAGAGGAUGUAAAGCCCAUGGAUUUGAGCUGGAACCCAUUCGCCUGUGGCAGCCUGCACAUGUUCUCUCCCGCACUAGUGGAGAGGCUCAGGGAACAGCGGUGUCCAAUCACCAGACAGUUUCUGUCUGCACUGGCUCUGUGUCACACUGUCAUGGCAGAGUGGAAAGACGGGUGCCCAGUUUACCAAUCAGCUUCACCAGAUGAGGAAGCUCUUGUUGGGGCGGCCAGGGAGCUUGGCUGGGUCUUUCUUUCCAGAACGAGAGAUUUUAUUGUCGUUUCCGAGCUGGGGGUGUCUCGCCAAUACCAGCUGCUGGCGUUGGUGGAGUUUACCAGCAAGAGGAGACGGAUGUCCGUCCUGGUACGUGAACCAGAGGGCGGGUUAAAACUUUACUGUAAAGGAGCGGAUAUAGUGAUACUGGAGAGACUUCAAAAGAACUGCCCACAUCAGGAAAGCACCGACAAAGCGUUAGAGCUGUUUGCUGAGGCCUGUCUGAGGACGCUGUGUGUUGCUGUUCGAUCCGUUCCCGAGGCAUUAUGGGAGCAGUGGAGUAAGACUCUGGCCCUGUCUGCUACCAUGACGACCUGCGAGCGUGACACCCGACUGGAGAAGCUGUACGAUGAGAUGGAGAGAGAUCUGCUGCUUCUGGGGGUGACAGCAAUCGAGGACCGGCUCCAGGAGGGAGUUCCUGAGACAAUUGCUCUUCUUCAGGAGGCUGGGAUUAAAGUAUGGGUGCUGACUGGAGACAAAAAAGAAACUGCAGUGAAUAUUGGGUACUCUUGCAAGCUACUGGACCCUGAUAGCAGAUUGCUGGAAUGGCAGGAGCUGAGGCAGAUCCUCCAGUCUGCAGACCCACAGGUCAGCUUCUUCAAAGCCAAGCAGACAGAGCUGUGGGCUACACACAAGGAGAUGGCAAGAGCAAAAACUUCUGUUGUCCUCACCGGAUCUGAACUGGCAGAGUUCGAGCAGAGACCAGAGUGGGGGGCCUCCUUCAUGAGCCUUGCAGACCAGUGUCAGUCCGUGCUGUGCUGCAGGGUGACGCCCGCUCAGAAAGCUGAGAUCGUGAAGCUUGUCAGGAAACACACCAGCUCCAUCACCAUGUCCAUUGGUGACGGAGCCAAUGACGUUAACAUGAUCAAGACGGCUCACAUCGGAGUGGGGCUGGCCGGCGUGGAGGGAGGUCAGGCGGUGCAGAACGCAGACUUUGCUGUGUCCCAGUUCAGGUUUUUACAAAGGCUGCUGCUGGUCCACGGUCGCUGGUCCUAUCGGCGCAUCUCCCUCUUCCUGUGCUACUUCCUGUUUAAAACGUGCGGCUUUGCUCUUGUGCACAUUUGGUUUGGGAUCUUCAAUGGCUUCAGUGCUCAGUCGCUGUACGAGACAUGGUUCAUCGCUCUCUACACUGUCUUUUACACGGCAGCGCCGGUCAUGUGCAUGGCCAUUUUUGAACAGGAUGUGAGUGCAGAGAGCAGCCUGAAAUUGCCUGAGCUGUACAAGAGCGGACAGAAGAAGGAGCUGUCCAGCCCUGCAAGGCUGAUCAUGUACCUCCUGUAUGCCGUCUACGCGUCGCUUGUUCACUUUUUCAUCCCCUGUGGCGUUUUCUACAACACAGCCUAUGAUUACCAGACCAUGGCUGUCACCGUCUCAAUGGCGGCCACCUUCACUGCCACAGUUGAGAUUGUGAUGCUGACCAGAUACUGGACGAAGUUCAGCAUCGUAGCUGUUUGCAUCUCUUUUCUCAUGUUCUUCAUUUGCACCAGAAUCACCCACAGCAGCCGCCUUUUUCAGAGCUCACCCGUCGACUAUUACUUUCUUGGUGUGUCUGAAAAGGCCUUCAUCGAUCCAGUGGUGUGGCUCACAGCUUUGCUCACAGCUUGGACUGCUGUUCUGCCCUCAGUCACUGGUCACGCCCUCAGUGUGCUUCUCACUGUGCACAAUAAACACAAGAUACACAGCUCAUCCCCUCCUCCAGUGGAGCUGAGGUCAAAAUUCAGGAGAGGGUCAUCAUUCCGCCGGUCAUCAUAUGCCAUCUCCCAGGAUGCCGGUCCUGGACGCCUCAUCAACUCGGCAUCUUCCAUCCGGAGGGCGGAGGUGUUGAAGGAGGAGAAAGUGGCAGGAAGUGAAAAGCCAUCUGAUAUUUGAGCUUCUGCGUGGUGCUUUGCCAAACUGCUUUCAGUCAUUCUGUUGUUGAAUCGGGUACAGCCUGAGUAAAAUGUUAAGGUGCAUGUGGCGACCCAGGAGGACCCUUGCGUCCGUCACAGAGGAUGUGGAACGCUUAAUGGUCUCGGUGAUGUAUCGUUGAUGUGUGCUGCAUGAUUUUGAUCUAGCUGGUAUGAGUGCGUGACCCGUCUGUCGUCAUUUUACUGAAGCAUGACUGAAUUAUUGCAGAAGCGUUGAUAAUAGCAAACCUCCCAGGGAGUUGGUUAUUUCAGUACUUCACCAUUUUGUUUCUUUGGAGGGUUUUUUUUUUCAUAACUGACCUUUUGUGCAAUGAAAUGAAGCUGUCAACCACUGGGUCUCCUGUAUUGACUAUGCAUCAAUUUGUACCUGCCAGGGGGACGAUCCAGACCCCCUUUUGAAGACUGAGGAUUUCAAGUUAGCCACGUCUACCAGCGGGAUGUCACUUAAAGUUAUUCUGGUUUGAUUAGCAGUUAUAAUCUGUUGUGUUUUAUCAAAAUAAACUGGUCAGAACAGGGAUCAGAAUCAAAUAAAAUUAGAAUUAAUAAAAAUAUGCAUAUUGCAAAAUUGAAUACAUAUAUUGUAAUUUCUUGACAGUUUAUAAUUCAAGAAAAUAUUGAACUAUAAAUGAUGAAUAAACAGACCAUGAUUUAAUUAUGUAAGAAUAAAAUGGUUUGUUACAGGUACAAAAGGGAAGCAGGAAAUGAUUAAAAAAAAGCUUGAUUCUAUUGUUUCUGCAUGAGUAAUUAGUAAGGGGUUUCAAUUUUUUAUUCAAAAAUAUAGAGUAAUAUUAAUUGCUUCUGCAUAUACAAUUUGAUAUGUAAUUUAAAAGGAAGUCUCUGGGAUUUUAAUACAAUUUUCUAUGGCCUGAUUUUACUAAUAAAGGAUAUAAAUAUAACUUACUGGUCAUGUCCUUUGAAUCAAUCCACACACAAGAAAUCAACGGUCCCACAUUGUUUUACAAUUGUUUUAUUUGUUAAUUUAUUUCAAAACACGCAAUUUACCCAUAUUAUCCUUUUAAGAUUUUUUUUAUUUUUCUGUAACAGUUAUUACUCAGGUUUUUUACCUUCUCAAGAGUCUCAAACAGAGUGAAACUAAAAGUCCUCCACAGGCUCUCCGGCUUCUGCAGUGGGAGGAGGGUGGGAGAGAGGCUUUCUGAUCAGACACGAGCGGGUUGCUUCCCCGUUUCUUACGUGGAUGGGUGUGUGUUUGUGUACAAGGUUUGCACCGGGGAAUCGUGUGUUUUGGUGUGUGUGUGUGUGUGUAUGCAUGCGGCUAAGUGCAAGAUGUGGAAUGUCCACAUGGCCAGGAAAAUCACAGGACCCCGAGGGCAGCCCAGAAAGCUGAAUAUUGUCUUCCAGGUUUGGCAGCCAGAUUGUCAUACCUCUGAUUUCAUCUUUGGUUUCUCACAAAAAAGAAAAAGAAGAAAAAAAAACACUCUCAGAGGGGCAGACUCACCCUCUCCAGCGUGUGCCUGUGUCUGUAAGUCUGUCCGAGUGCAAUACAAGCCACCGUCUAACGACUUUGUAAACGCGAGUAAGAACAAUGUCGAGUGUCUUUGCAUUGAUUGUGGCCCCUCCUUGGCGCUGGGGACAAAGACAGUCGAACAUUGUGGGACAGUGGAGCCAUCAUGACUGAGGGGGGGGGGGGGGGGGGUCGACACGCAAACGUCAACAUGGGCUCCGUCUCAGUGUCAGUGGCAGUUUGGGCUUUUGUGGUGAAAAUACGGGGUGCUGCAGCGCCAAUCUCUCCUUGGCCGCUCACAGCUAAAAACAAACGGAGCGACUGGCGCUGCUUCACCCCUCGAUCAGCUCAUGAGACGGGCGGGACGAAAAGAGGUAGAGAAAGGGUCAAACUGUGAGCGUUAAAAUGCGGAGUGGGAUUGGGGGGGGUGGGGGGGGGCCGGGGUUUGAGGGUUAUACACUCUGACCCAGCAGCAACGAUUAAGAUUGGGGAGGGUCAGGUGUUUGCAUAGUUCUCUGUGCAAAAGCCACCAGCCGGAGCCAUUUUUAUUUCCUCGCGGCUGGCUACAUCAUCAUUAGAUCAGCGGGAGUCAGUCAGUGGGUGAUGGGAAGCAGGGUCCUUGCGCCACAUCUCUCUGCUUUUUGAGGCAGGAGAUGAGGCAGAGUGAAGAGAAGGGUGAGUGAGGGCGAAGACAUGAGACGGGGCGAAAAGACGGACGCGGUGAGAGAGUCGGGGAAAAGGGGGGGGGGGUAGUCGUUUGGCAGUCGCACACUGCAGCCGGUCUCGAUCCAGAGAGCCUCUUCUCCCGUGAUUUUUGCCCUUCUACCCUCCCCGUCCUCCUCCCCACUUGGCCUGCCCUCUCUCUACCUUUUUUCUCGUUUUGAAACUGAUUGUCUUCUACCAUCACAAAGACACUUGGUUCUGAUUGAUUAACAGGUAACAGAAGAGGGAGAGCACAGUGUGACUAGGGGGUGUCUCUACAAACGGUGCCGCCGGGGCAACCCGUCGGGGGUCCGUCUGCGAGACGACCGCCGCGAAACAAAUGCUGUUUGACAGCAAACGCGGGGGGAAAACGUUUCAGGACGGACGCCGGGUUGCCUCGCGGCACCGAUGUCGGUUGGUCAGUCAAUCGGCAAGAAAUGGUUUCAGAUUUUUGCAUGACAAAUAUUGCAACCCAUAGCAAUGGAACAUAAAAUAGAAAAAAAACAAAAACACUGUCUUUCACAUAGGUAACAAAUGAACACAUGUACACAGAUUGAAGAAAAAAGCAUGUAGACAAACAUACAGGCAUAUUCAAGGCCGCUCGGAUCGGCGUGUGUCCCUCUGAUUAACUCCAAGUAAACAGCCAGUCUUUGGAAAAGCAAGACACACGUUCCCGAGACCCAAGUGUGGAACACGAGCUGAGGAAUGAAGAUUGAACGCUAUUGAUUAAGGAGGAGACAAGUUUGACCUCCCCCAGCACACACUGCCCCCUACUGUCUGAAUUUAUAUACAUCAAAUAAACAUUGGGGGGGGGAAGGGGGGGAAGGGUUGCAACAACACAUGCACACAACCAGUGAAUCCAACAGUGACGGAAAGUCUAAAAACAACAACCCCUCCAACGCCUAGAACCCAGAUACCUCCCACCCUUUUUUUUCUUCUUCCUCACAUUUAUUUUGAUAACCAAAAUAUUCCCCCACCCCGUCUCCGCCCGCUCCCGAGUCUUUCUGUCCUCUUCCUCUCCCCACAAAAUCACAGGUCAUUCCUGUUGGUUUCUAUACAGUUAUACAAUAUCCAUGCACAAAAAGAAACGAAAGAAAA